GCGACACGACUAGUUGUAGUAAGAACCAUGAUACUGGUGAUCAAAAGUCUACUAUUCUCUAUCUUAGAAUCGGGUAAGCUUAUAAACGAUUACGAUAGAGGAGCCGCGCGGUUCAUCUACUGCUUUCGGUUUUUAUGUUACCUGGUAAACACGCACACGCGCUCACUCAAACUCAUUAAUAGCUGCAGAAAAAUAUAACGUAUCUCUGACAACCACAGCAUGCCAACGUGACUUCGACGGAUGGACACGAACGCAGGACAGGGAAUAUUCAGAGCUGGUUUCGUCAGAUGGGCAUGCGCAACCUUGUCACAGAAGGAAGACCUUUUUAGAAGCAAAAUGGUCAGCUUUAUGGAAACUCCUCGUAGUGUUGUAAGAACUGAUAGAAAGGCAAUUGAUGGGUUUUUUUCUAUCAAAAUUCAGCAGCAAACCCGUCAUAAGUUGGGACGAGAGUAACGACGGUAGUACUAGGAGUCUUAAGCUGCAGAAGCACUUGAUUCUCUAAUCAGGAAUAUCAACACUCUAGGCGCAGACGAAGCACCGGCAGUAGAGGCAAAAGCUGAGAAACACCUAGACUCAACAGGCGUGAGAAGUAGCAUGGUACUCAAGCAUACUUGCGUAGCUACGUGUUUUCUGUCACUGUACCAAGAACUGAAAAAACUUCUUACCCUGUUGGUGUUGAGUGCAUUAUGUGCUUCAUUCGUGAUCCAUUUGUGAUUUUCCCAUCCCGGACUACGACUAGUAGCAAAAAUGUUAUAGCAAGUUUUUAUACCUCUGCAAGAACUACAUUACACUACAACAGCGAAUGAGCGCUAGUCCUGGACCUAAGACGUCAGCAGUCAGAUUCAGCGAGCAUCACGGGUCAAACGCGGGGACCUUUAGCGAAGAUCCGCACAACUCCAUCUAUCCAAGUGCGAAAAGCAUACACAGAGUGAAAACGGUACUUCUUCAUUGGUUGUCUACUUCUCACAAGACGCAGCGGCGCAGGAUUUCUUGGAUUGGCAUUCUUCAGAUUCCACACAAACACUACAACACACUCUCCUCCAGAAUCCAGAUGAUAUUAAAAACCAAACCCGCUGCUCAGAUUCCCCACAACAAAACGCCGUAUGCGCAUAGUUCGGAAUUUGUCGCACUAAAGGAAGAGGUGCAAGCUUUCAAUGAAGGAGGAUGCGUGAUGUCAGAGGCGGACGUGUACCACAAUUGUUCAUACAGAUUUUGAUUUGUUCUUUUUCGGAGUUGCUCGAUACUACGUGUAGUUGCAAGUACUAGUAAGCUGCAUACUUCUUUCUUACUUCUCUCUCUUUCUUAUUUCUGAUGUUGUCGUUUUCCAGUUCUCCUGAUUAGAGGUGCGAAAAACACUUACUGCUAUUUUCAGGUCUCAGCGAGAGCCUAUGGAUGUUAGUCAGCCUCAAAGAAGUACGCUCUUAGACCAUAAUCCAGAAAAGCCCUUUUCAUCCGAACAAGCUGCUAUUAAUGGCAGAGUGAGUUCCCGGAAAUAUAUCGCUGCGCCACAGCCAGAAAGAAGUGACGAUGCGGCUGGUUUGGUGCAUGUUGGAAGUACUACUUCAUAAUCUGUUUUAACAAUCUAUUUUUUCUUGGUAUUUCAAUUUCGAACAAUAUUCGAAGAUGUUAGUUAAGUAGUUUAGAUUGUGCUUCUCGUAAAUGAUGAAUAAUGUGAAGAUAAACAUCGAAGUCACAGUGAAAGAACUACGACUUCCACUACAUGAAACACAAAGAGACAAUGAUACAUGAUUACUCAUCCUUCAAGGGAAAUCUUAGGCAGACUGCCGAGUAGAUCCACAUCGUCACUCAACCACAGCUGGCAUCGCGGGUGGACCGGAAAAAGUGCCGCAGAAAAGCUAUUCCGUCAUGGUCCAUCAACAGCCGCCAAGAUCAGACUAUUAAGGCAAGGUUGAUGGUUGAUGGUCAUGGUUGGCUCAAGGCUUCCCCCAUUUUUUGAGCGAGGUUUAGGCUAGUGCUCAGGGCCGAUAGGAAGAAUUUUUUCGCACGAAUGUGAUUGCAACGCGCCCCUCCUUUUCUAAGGUAAAAACCAAAAGCCGAACCAUGGCUGCUUCUAUUAUAGAUCAGAGCCAUGGAUGCUUCUAAGGUAAAAACCAAAAUGCUUCUAUUAAUAUAGAUACUGGUCCUAAUGGAUAUUUGUUAUAGACCACACCCUCUAACACACUAGCCGGCAAGUGGUUGGACGAUACGAGGCUUCGGUGAAUAGUCCUUCGGGUCGAAGAGCGGCAGCGGAUCUCUAUCACUAUUGAUAGUGCAGUGUACUAAAUCCUAGGAUUCUUGUCUAGUGGUAGUGUUCCACUCAUAGUCAUAUAAUCAUCUUACAUCAAUUUGUACGACCAUAAAAUGCUCAAUCAACGGAGAGACCUAGAGAAUAUAGCUCAAUGUGGUAAAGAACCAUCAAAAUUUAAUGACUAAAGUUAAGAUAUCUUGUUCAAGUUGUUAGAAGGUAAAUGUCUUCAUAUACAAUGCACUUGCGGUUCAGAACCUUGACCCUUGUUCUUCUGUUCCGACUUGCCCCUAACUCCGCUGCCCUCUACCUCUUCUUGUACAGAGUCGUUACAUUUAACGUAAAACAAAAUGCCUUAUGCUUACUGCAACUUUUGAAGUCGGAGCGAGCAGGUAGAGUGGGUGGUCAUGGUGGAUUAGACUUUAUACUUAAUCUCGAGAUCGAGUGAAGUCAUAAUUAUUUGAUGUCCAUGCUGUUUCUAUAUCCAUCGCCUUCGGCAUUUUGAACUUCUGAGUUAACAACUAGCACACGGUAAAAAGUUAGAUAACCGAGUACAUCUUCUUGUUCCUCAGUCACCCAGAACCAACGGGCUAUAAAGAUCGCUACAGACUUGGACUUCUAAGACAAACUUCCCAUAACCACGAGAAGCUCAAGCAGCAAGAAGAGCGUGCCUUUGCAACAUUGUUGUUUUCGUGUUCUACUUUUGCUUCACGAGAAACCAAGAAAUUCCAAUGGCGUAAAUUGUAGUUCUUCACAAGCUCAAGCAGCAAGAAGAGCGUGCCUUUGCAACAUUGUUGUUUUCGUG